AUGCACAACAGAGGAAAAGGAAAAAUAACUGAUAAUGGUAAGUUGGAAGUGAAAAUGAAGCGUUCGGACGUGAGAGUGAUACGCAAGAGUUGUGGCCCCAAAGGCGGGCUGGUUGAAAGUGAAGACGUUGCGAUUGGCAGGUCGUCAGGAGGAGCCUGUUCGAUGGGGCCUGUCUCUUCUGCUCUCUGUACAUCCCAGCCGCAGACCGCCGACUCCUUUUGGCCUGGCCUCAUGUGGACACGGGCAAAUGUACAAGUGCCUCUCUGGAUGGAUCCAGGCCGCCCAUCUCUGUAG